UGGUCGCUUUGUAUGGUUUGCCAACUUGCAUGUCUGUGUUUUAAAGUUCUUUGUUUUCGUAAUUGGAUUUAUUCAAAAGCAUAAUAAAACGGUUAAGUGUUAUAAUUACCAGUGUAAGAUGUACAUGUGAACAUACUCUAGAAUUGUUAUUUGGUGGUAUAAAAAAGAUGUCAUCGGUAAUGUGAGAGCACUCUAAUAUAAUUUUAUUUUACGUUAUUAUGACGUCUAGGAUUCCUAUUUGGAUUUACAGGAACUAAACAAACGAAAGAUAUCAUCUGUGAUGCACUUUACCAUGUUGAACUAGUGUAACAUUGGCAAGGAAGUGUAAUUGUGUUGGAACUACCUUGUAUUGCAGAUAUCUAAAAAAAGACAAUUAGAGUUAAAAUGCGAACAGUGAAUGUUUAUGUGCGAGAGGUGUUCAUGUGAUGGGAGGGGUGGGGUGAGAGGUGAGGCGCUCGGGCGCGGGCGCCAUGAACCCGCCGGCGCCCGGCAAGCCGGCUACGCGCACCUCAGGGUACAACCAAAAAGCGCUUGCCGAGAUAAGAAACUCAUUACUCCCAUUUGCUAAUAUUGGGAGUUCAGAGCCACCUGGCUCAUCCGCAGCUAGCACUGUAAGUUCAGGAGUGAGCUCUGGAUUUAGUUCCUCCUCGGGCAAUGGGCUAGAUAAGGAUUUGAAUGUAUUGCCUCAGUCACUUAAUCAGCUCAUUGCUUUGGGUUAUGAUGAGGACCCAGCAGUUAAAGCAUUAAAAUAUGCUGGGGGACGGUUUGAUGCAGCCCUUGAUUAUUUAUCAAAAAAGCAGGAACCACUCAAUGGUGUCUUAAAGUCGUCAAACUUAAGUGCUUUAAGUACUAAGCUUAUAAGGAAACCUAGUUUGGAGAGAGAAAUUAAUCUUCAUAGAGGUAGUCCUGCAUUAGAUUCAGGAGCGGGAAGUUCUCGGUCUGAUAGUCCAAGACAGUCAGAUGGACCGCCGUUGCCUCAUGAAAAGUUAAGCAGGCAGUACUCGCCGUCAGGAUUCUCAGAACCUCCACCUCCACCACCACCAAGAUGUCCCUCAACACCGCCAGUACCGCCAGCGGUACAUCAGUACAUGAAGCGAAUAUCACCUGCUCCACCUUUGCCACCCGCCAGAGGCACAAGCCCUGUAGCCUCAGGGGCACCUACACCCUCUGCGCGGCAGCCAAUGAUAGUUCAAAAUGGUCCACAAGUACAACAACAGCUGUCCCAACAAAUACAAGCAUUAAGUAUUUAUCAAACUACUACAGAACUGCCACCUCCAUACCCUUUAACGGGCGUUCCCCCGCCGCCUCCCUACUCAGUAUCUAUGCAAAACAGACAGAGCCCUACACAAUCUCAAGAUUACCGAAAGAGUCCGUCCUCAGGAAUUUAUUCAGGAGGUACAUCAGCAGGCUCGCCGAGUCCGAUUACGGUAACGCAAUCGACCGGUUCAGCGUCGGGCAUGACUCGCCCUACGCCUAUCCAGGCGUGGACAGCGAGACAAGCCGUCCAACCCCCUAUUAUAAUGCAAUCCGUAAAAAGUACGCAAGUACAAAAACCAGUUCUUCAGACUGCCAUUGCCCCGGUCGCCCCACCCCCUGUGGCCAGCUCUGUCGUCCAACCCCCACCGCCGUCAUAUGCUAGCUCUAUACAGCAAAAACAAUCACAAACACCUCCUAGUUAUCCGUUAGCUCCAAAGCCAUCUUCACCUGGCUCCACACCUCCAAUACCAACUGCUACUACUCCCACUAUACCAACGACUGAACCACCGAGCUACGCUAUUACGAUGCAAGCCCUAGCCGUACAAAGAGGAAUGAACCCAGUUCCGCCACCUCCUUAUGGCAACCAAAUUGAUAAUACAGCAACUGUCAAUUCCCACCACUCACCAUUACACAAGAAAUUUUCGAACAAUGAGCAAAUGGAACUCAAGUGUCCCAAUCAAACAUGUAAUCUAUUAAAAGAUAGUGCAUGCGGCUCAGAUAAAAGCGCCAAUGGUUCAACCAACCGUCGAUCAAAGGAUCCGGAAAAGAUUCGUCAUCAUUCACCUAUUCCAGAAAGAAAGAAUAUCAGCAAAGAAAAGGAAGAUGAAAGAAGAGAUUGUAAAGUUAGAAAUUAUUCUCCUCAAGCAUUCAAAUUCUUUAUGGAGCAGCAUGUUGAAAACAUUCUCAAGUCAUAUAAACAAAGGACGUAUCGAAGGAUGCAAUUAGAAAAAGAAAUGACCAAAAUAGGUCUCAGUUCUGAAGCUCAGGAUCAAAUGAGGAAGAUGCUUUCUCAAAAAGAGUCUAAUUACAUUCGGUUGAAGCGUGCGAAGAUGGAUAAGUCCAUGUUUACUAAAAUAAAGCAUAUUGGGGUUGGGGCAUUUGGUGAAGUUACUUUGGUUAGAAAGAUUGAUACUAGUCAUCUGUAUGCCAUGAAGACCCUUCGGAAGGCUGACGUCUUAAAAAGAAAUCAGGUAGCGCACGUGAAAGCUGAACGUGAUAUUCUAGCUGAGGCAGACAAUGAAUGGGUUGUGAAGCUUUAUUACAGUUUUCAAGAUAAGGAUAAUCUAUAUUUCGUGAUGGAUUACAUCCCGGGUGGGGAUCUAAUGUCACUCUUAAUAAAAUUGGGUAUAUUUGAAGCAAAUCUGGCUAGAUUUUAUAUUGCGGAACUGACAUGUGCAGUAGAAAGUGUACACAAGAUGGGAUUCAUUCAUCGAGAUAUAAAGCCAGACAACAUUCUGAUUGACCGCGAUGGACAUAUCAAGCUAACAGAUUUCGGUUUGUGCACGGGGUUUCGUUGGACGCAUAAUUCGAAGUAUUAUCAACGAAAUGAUCACGGCCGGCAGGACUCUAUGGAUCCAGUGGAUGGAGAAUGGGGUGCAAUGGGUGAAUGUCGUUGUCAUCAGCUUAAGCCAUUAGAGAGGCGACGUAAGAGGGAACAUCAGCGAUGUUUAGCGCACUCUUUAGUGGGGACACCAAAUUAUAUAGCACCCGAAGUGCUUCAGAGAACCGGGUAUACCCAGCUCUGCGAUUGGUGGUCAGUGGGAGUGAUCCUGUAUGAGAUGUUGGUUGGGUCACCACCUUUUCUAGCUGCUACUCCAGCUGAAACUCAACUCAAGGUAAUUAAUUGGGAGAGUACCCUCCAUAUACCGGAUGCGGCAAAUCUUUGUCGCGAAAGCAAGGAUUUGAUCCUCAAACUAUGUUCUGGACAGGAAAAGAGACUGGGCAAAGAUGCCAUAGAGGUUAAAAACCACCCCUUUUUAAAAGGAAUCGAUUUCGACAAGGGAUUGAGAAGGCAAGUAGCGCCCUACAUCCCUAGAAUUGACUACCCCACAGAUACGUCAAACUUUGAUCCAAUUGAUCCAGAAAAGUUGCGGAAUUCUGGCAGUUCCGACUCCAAUAAAUCUGACAGUGAACUUUUGGACAAUGGUAAGACCUUCCACGGAUUCUUCGAGUUUACGUUUAGGAGGUUCUUUGAUGAUGGAUAUACGAACAAAAUAAAUCUCGAUGAUAACGAUAACCAGGGGCCGGUGUAUGUUUAGUGAAAGACUUGUGCCUUGAACUCUAAUGCGCGUCUCCAAAUGUUUUUUCCUAUUGAAGGUUUGUAAUAUUGGAGAUGAAGGUAGUUUCAAAAAAUUCGACGUUCGUAACGUAUUUUGUAGUAAUUUUAAACCCGUAUUGUUAAUAAUCCCGGUGAUAUGUUGUAAUAUUGUAUCGUUAUGUAUUUGUAAGAGUAGUAUUGUAAUAUAUGUAACGGAUGGAUCACAGUAGUACAUAGAGUAACUAUGGUGCUGUUAGCGUUCUAGGGGAUAGACUGAAUGCAAAUCGGGAUAAUUUAAGCUGUAUCUGACACAUGUUGACAAAAAUGUUUUAGUUAGUAAUUACCACUUUAAUUUCGUGAAAUUUGAACAUUUAUUUCUUGCAUAAUCAAAUCGUGCAAAUAUAAAUUUUAAAGUAUCAAAAAGAAAUAUUGUUAUAUAUGUUUGUUUUAGCGAAUUUAUUGUAUAAUUCUUUAGUUGGGCGAAUGUUCAUGCCAUAUGCACUUUGCAAAUAAAUUAACAAUAAAGUAAAGUUUUGUUUUAAUAAUUUUCAUAACUUAUCCCGACAUGUAAACAGUUUAUUCUUUGUAUACUAUUUUUGUAACUAGAGAAAUUAUUUAUGAGAUAAGAACAAGCUUAUGUGAAGAUUGUUUCACUAUAUUUUCGUAUGUAUUUAUCGAAGUAGUUCGCUUGUGUGUUUGUUUAUAUUAUACUCCAAUUAAUAUAAAUGUAAAAUAAUGUUAAUACAUAUUUCAAGAAAUUUAAGAAUAAAAAUUAUACCGGAAAUAUUUAAAAUAAAGAAAACCGAACUGAACUCAAAUACAAAUUUUACUAAAGAUAAACACAAUUCUAUAACAAAAAAAAAACGCAAACAUUAUACUAUAUUUAUAUUUGUUGCGACACACAAAAACAUAAGGUGUGCCAUUUAAGAAAAUGGCAUCCCAUAUAUUUUUGUUACUUGUAACAUUAACUUAUGAAGUCAUUAAUUUAGCUGUCAAUGUUAGGCAUACAUAUUGUGCUUCCUUUGUCUACAAGACUAGCUCAUACUGUGUGCCUUAUUGGUGUAGUCCAAGAAACGGGAGAAUUGAUGGUAUUAUUAAUUUUGUAAAAAUAGCAUACUUUAUGCUCAUUAAUUAUUAGUACUCAUUUGAGAUGUUAAAAGAUUCAAAAUGAGGGUACGUAAAACUAGCUACUCUCAAAAUACUUUUACUGACCCACCUUUUUCUAAUAAACAUAUCAGUCUAAUAAUAUCGCGUUUCUGGGAUUACAUCUUAUUCAGUGUAAACGUUUUUUACUCUUAGGAUAUUUUCAACGUAGAAGUACUAAAAUGUAGAUCCGUUUUUAACAGGGCACUACGGCGUGCAAUAAAUAUUUAUUAACCCAAAAAUGAAACUCAUUGUUGCUUAAUUUGACGUUGAAAUUGACUUUGUUUUGGAUUUAAUAAUACAAUUUUGUAGAGGGAGAGGGCAAUAGUAUUUAAACCCUUCUAUGUCAAUUUUUGUCUCUUAAUAUAAUUUGAAUCAGGAUGAAAAAGUCAACAUCAAUAGUUACCGGAGUUUGGUUUAGCAAGCAAUACACACAGCAUCAAGUUAUUACAAGUAAUUAUAAUUUUUAUUACAUUAUGACUACAAGAUUUCAAUAGCUUUAGUAAAUAUAACUGGUAUUAUGAUUAACGUAAUUAUCGUGACAUUUACAUCAAAAAUUCAAUGUUAAUUCAUACAUAAAAGUUUGUAAUGCAGCGGAAUCUCUAUAACUUGAAUGUCGAGGGAAAUCCAACUCGAGUUAAUGAAUUUUCUACUUAACAAGAACUUCGGUAGACAUGUGACUUAGCUGCUGAAAAUUCGACUUAAAAAGGCGCGAUUUUUAUGUGUUUUUUUCGAUUUGUAGAGUCAGUCGUAUUUGUAUUUGAAUAACAAUUCAACUUAAGUUUUGUAGUAUAUAUUUUUUUUAUAUAUUAAUUAAGUAAAGUGUACACUAAAAAUA